AUGACACGCAAAAGACUAUUUCUCCAACGUCGGCAUGGAGCGCUGUGUCUUAGCGAAGAAGCUCCACUUGGUUUCGGCGCUGAACAAACAAACAGUUUGUUGCUGAUAGACUACUCUGACACUGCGUGGCUAGAGCAGUCUGUGGAAGUUCAACAAAACGUUGAUGUACAGUUACCAACUUGGGUUGAGCCGUGGAAGAACGGAUGUGGCAGAACUCGUGCUCAUGCAAGGUCAAAUCAGCCAUGGUCCUGUUACUCGAUAGAAGCCGAGAUUGAAACUAAGUCAACCACAGCAGGGCCUUAUUCGUCCUGGCUAAAAAUCGAUACCCAGGGUGACGAAAACAUCCUUCAGUCAGUCACACCUCUCCAUGGACAGUCUGUUGUCGACACCAUCGACAGUCUCGCUCUCAAUUACACUUACAUUUUAUCCGCCAUCUUUAUUUCAGUGAAUGAUGUGAACAUGAACAAACACGAAUCCCACUCGCGUCAACGAUUUGCAUACGCAGGCGUAUUUUUGGAUUGA